GAGAAACUCAAGCUUUUGUGAUUGUAUACUUGGUAAUUUGAAGAAGUUACGCUGAGUCGAAACAUAACUCGCAUAUAUUUACCGAACAAUACUUGGUAAUUAUCAGUUUCGAUCUAAAUGCUUGCGUCAGUCCUUUUCACUUUGAGAUAAAAAUUCUGAAAGGCGUCAGAAUUUCGGAUAACUUUGUUCAGAUAAAUUUGUCUUUCGAAGAUAUAUAUAGAACGGUAUGUAACAUAGUGUUUGAGUGUAAAAAUGGUACGACUAAAAACAUUCCUGAACGCAACUGUUUUGCUGAUAACUGUUGGGCAAGUCAUGAAUAUGUAAACGUGCUUUGUUUACAAUCGGAUUUAAGAGUUAGCUUUAUUUAACUAUCUUGCAUACUUUUCCUCAGAUUCUUUCCUCGGAUGAAGUUUAAACCUUCAAUAAGCUUAAACCUUUAAUUAUUGUAUCAUUUUCCAGCUGGUAACAUGCACGUAGAGACGCGUUAAAUCAACUAAUCACCGUCAGGGUCCAAAUUAAAUUAGCGGUAACGAACAAAAAGAUUUUUCCCACUCACGCCGUGACUGUGCCAAGAAUUGUCAAACUUUAAAUGGACACAAGUUCGUCUCUAGAUAUCAUAAUGGUAAUAUUCCUUUAAAUGUGCACUUUAGGCAAAUUUCUGAGUUCAUAGAGCAAGUAGCUUUUUUGGGAUUCCAGAGCAAAUAGCUUUUUGGGGAUUCCCCUAUCGUAUGAGUGAUACACAUGACUAGCUUCAUAACAUUAGCUUAUUUCAGUAUAAUCACGAAACUUGCUUUCAUCAGCUUAUCGUCGCAUUCGAAUAGGAGAAGAUCAACGACACAGCCAAGUAUUUUAACUGAGGUGGAGAAUCGCUUAAAAUAUCUCGCGAAAUCUGGUGAAAAUUCAAUUGAAAUGUGAUUAACGUUAAGAGGCAACAUGGAAAGCGCUCAGCACGUUUCCUCGAUUAUCAAACUCAAUGUCGGCGGUCAUUACUUCGACACACGUCUACAAACACUGACCAAAGAUCCAAACUCAAAGCUGGUGGCCAUGAUUUCUGAGAGGUAUGAAGAGAAACUAGGCAAAGACGGCGCCUUUUUCAUCGACCGUGAUGGAACUCACUUCCGUCUUAUACUCAAUUUCCUGCGCACAGAGAAAUUAACUUUGCCAACAGAAGCAACUUUUCUCGAAGAACUCAAUGAAGACGCUGAGUUUUACCAGAUCCAAGGGCUGGUGGAUAAAAUAAAUAAGUCAGCGAGGGACGUCGUUAAACUCAAUGUCGGUGGUCAUUAUUUUACAACAAGUCUCCCAACGCUAACCAAAGAUCCAAACUCGAUGUUGGGCAAAAUGUUUUCUGGGAAAUACAUCGCGAGAGCCGGCGGGGACGGGGCUGUUUUUAUCGACCGAGAUGGAACUCACUUCCGGUUUAUACUCAAUUUUCUGCGCACUGGGAAGCUAACUUUGCCAGAUGGAGCAACAGCUCUCGUUGAAUUCAAAGAAGAGGCUGACUUUUACCAAAUUCAGGGGAUUUUGGAUGAGUUAGAUGACACCAGACUGAGGUCGGAGAUUCUUACAGACGAAGAACAACAAAACCUGUUGUUAAGCUGGUUACCUCCUCACGGUGACGUAAGAAGACGUCGCCUCCGUCUUUUGUUCCGUGCUUCUCGAGACGGCUUCGCGGCAGCCACCUUUCACGAUAGAUGUGAUAACAAAGGACCCACAAUCGUUCUUGUACAGAGCGGAAACCAUAUUUUUGGAGGUUUCACGGAGAAAUCUUGGAUAUACAGCCGGGGAGGGUACACCGCAUGCAAACAAGCGUUCCUGUUCAGUUUGGCCGACCCGAAUGGCCUGGAACCAACUAAACUACCACUCAAGAGUAACAACCAGAUGUAUGCCAUUCUCUACAGUAGCAACAAUGGGCCAACAUUUGGCAGCGGUUGCGACCUUCGCAUUGCAGACAAUGCAAACAUGUGUGCUUCAAGUUCCAGUUGUCUCGGCCAUGUAUACGAGAUUCCUUCAGCGUGGAAUAAUUCAUCAUCCUUAGCGGGAGAAGGACACUUCGUGGUAACCAACUACGAAGUAUUUGGAUUCCAACCCUGACUCCAAACGGGUGGAAGUGGAGAUUUUGGACUCCAAACGGGUAGAAUUGGAGAUUUUGGACUCCAAACGGGUGGGAGUGGGGAUUUUGGACCAAGCAAGAAUGUUCUCGUACACCUAUUUAACAUUAAAACAUAUUCUCAGUGGAAUUAACUCUCUAACUCCUAGGAGUGAUUGACAUGCAAAUUCUCCUCGCAGGUUGCGAAACAUUUUCCAGAAAAAAAAGUCCAUGACAAUGACAAACUUACCAGCUGGAGAGUUCUAUGAUAUCACAUCAAAUUCUCUCAAAAAGGUAAUGUUACUAAGGAAAUGUAUGGCGGUUAGUAAGGGUAAUUUGAGAAUUAUCAGAGAUCGAGAGUUAAAGGUUGAAGCAAUUUUUUAUAAAGGAAAUUUAUUUAACCGUCACUAGAUAAUCUGUUUAAGUGAAUUCAUCAGCGGAGUUUUUCCAGCCCAAGAUAAGAAACCUUAGAAAGGUUUUUGAUGUAAAUUUCCCUUAGAUGUAAAUGUUUACUUGAUAAUUCGUAGAAGUGAACUCAUGACGGAAUUUCUCGAGUCUUAGAGACCGAGUCGUUCGAAGUCAUUUCCACUCAGUUGUAAUUACUUAAGUUGCUUUUUGUAACUGCAGAGUCAGCACAUCGAUGAAUAAAAAUAUCAGUACAGGA